GGUUUCCUUAUCGACGACUAUUAUACUUCCCAUGGAAGCGGACGUAGUGAGAUGGUUGCAAUGUCUGCGACAUACGGUUGCUGAAGAGUCGGAACCGUUGAAUUUGUUUAGUGUUCACCGUGACUCUGUAUUGGACUCAACAAUUGAUAAUCUAUUCGAUUUUGACUCUACCACCAGUGCUUCAGAUUUUGAAUAUUAUAGCAUGGACCGGCAACCAGACGAUGGUAACGAUUUGUUGUCGUUCGCCGAAAACGACGAUAGUAUCCUACCGCAUUCGGUCUCAGCGACGUUUCCAAAUCAUGAAAUUUGCGUUUCGUUUAGACCUAAGUGGUCUGACAUUAUGGCUUGGAAAAAUGAGCUUAUGGACAGCGCUUUGGACGGGAUUUCGUCUGAAGACGAACAGUGGCUUUCGUCAAAAGAUUUUAAAGGUCGUUCUUAUUACUAUGAAGAAAAUAGUAAAGAAUCUUCUUGGACAUUGCCUGAGACAAAUAAUAGCAAUGCAUCUAAUGCUAGCCCAUCGUCUCUUAAAUUAGAUUUAGAAGAUUCUUCUUCAUCUUUGAAAUCAAACAAAAGUAAUAGCGAAAAAGAUGAUUCUUCAGACAUCAAAAGCCCAUCCUCGUCUACAGUAAGUGUUCCUAAGAAUUGGCCCCAAUUAUGGGAUGGACAUAUGUGUGUAUUGAAAGAGGGCCCUUUAAAUCGAACAAAAAUUACUGAAAAUGGAAAAAGACUUCGAAAAAAUUGGACAAUAUCACAUGUAAUACUUACUGAAUUGUUUUUGCUUUUCUUCAAAGAUGCUAAAUCUUUCGUAGCAAUGAAAAAUGGUAGUGGACGACCAGAACUUUGUGUAGAUUUGAAUGGUGCUCUUGUGUAUCCAGCCGACAAGGUAUCUAGUCGUAAAAAUGUUUAUGUUAUCAGUACUGUUUUAGGAACUCAGGUAUUGUUCCAAAAUGAAUGUAACGUCCAAGCCCAGUCAUGGCUCUACGCAAUACAGGCAGUUAUUUCAAAUCUACCAUGCAACUUUGACAGAUGUCCUCGUUUUCCAAAUGCACGUACUAACGACUUACUUGAUACUGAAAAAAAAAACAAACUGAAUAGAAACAAAUCCCUUAAAUUAAAAGCAAAAGAUGGAGGCAGUAUGGAAGAUUUGACAUCUAAUGUAGAACGCCAGACAAAAAUAAAAAACCGUCUACGGAAAUUUUUUCACCGAAGACCUACAAUGGAAUCGCUUGUCAAAAAAGGAAUUUGGAAAGAUGAGAAUGCAUUUGGUUGUUUCUUAGAACAUGUGGUUGGUACAGACCAACCACGCAUCCCAGCUUUUGUGCAACGUUGUGUGGCAGCUAUUGAGAUCAGUGAAGAUAAUUUAAAGACCGAUGGCUUAUACCGUGCUUCAGGUAAUUUAUCUCAGGUGCAAAAGAUAAGAUUGCAAGUUGACCAAAAUAAUCUUUCGGUGAUUGACCAAGAAGAAGACGUUCAUGUUCUAACUGGUGCUCUCAAGCUAUUUUUCAGAGAACUCAAAGAACCUCUUAUACCCUAUCAUGCUUUCCGCAAAGCUAUUUCAGCUGGCACAAGUCAUAGUCGUAAAGACAAGUUAUUGCAUUUUCGUGACAUCACAAAAUCGUUACCUGGACCAAAUUAUGACACGCUAAAAUUUUUACUUAUACACUUAUUAAAAGUAACAAGUUACAAAGAGUUCAAUCGGAUGCACAUUCCAAAUUUAGCUAUUGUUUUUGGACCAACUCUCAUGUGGCCAGAAAUUGAAUCAACAAAUAUGGCAAUUGACCUGAUGCAACAGAAUAUGGUGAUAGAAGCACUUUUAGUCGACUUUGAUAAUAUAUUCAAAUAAAAACGUUCAAUAAAAUAUUAAAUCUGUACAAUACCGUUAAAAGCGUAACAUUCCACUAUGUUUCUACACUGUAUUUUAUAAAAGGAAUUAUUUAAUGUGAAUAUUAUUUAAUAUAAUAUACCGCUAAAAUCAUUACAAGACAAUAUUUAAGACUGACACGUUUUGACAUGUAUUGCAGGAAAUGUUGGAUAUUAAUAUGUUUAUUUUUUUACGGAAAUGAUACAAAUAUGUUAACCAGUUUUAUUUUACUUUUACUAAGUAGGGCUACUAUUUAUGUUUACGUAUGGUAGAAGUUAUAUAAAUGUAUAUUUUUACUGCUACCAAGUACCUAUAAAUUGUAUGAUUUUAGAGUAUAUUUUUUUUUUUUGUUUUAUGAUUUAUGUAUUGUAUUUUGUAAUGGUUAACAAAAUGCUCUCAAAUGUUAUCCUAUUAGUUGUUUUUCUUUUUAUGUAAACAUAGAUUAGACUUAAUUUUGUUACUGUUUCUUAAUAUUUUAGUUUUUAAUUUAGGAUUUUUUUUUAAAAAUUAU